UGGUGGAGCCAGCCCCCACCCCGCCAGCUCAGGCCAUGGCGGGCAAGAAGUCGGCCAAAGACAAGAGGCGUAAGCGGCCUCACAGUCAGGAGAGCCACAGCGACAGGAAGAGGAACAGCUCCGACUCGAGCGCCGCCAACACCACCGCCACCACCGGCAGAAACAUCACCAGCGGCGCCGAGGCAGGAAAAAUUGUUUUGGAGAAAGAAACUAUUAAUGAGCCGAGUGAUUUGGAAGAAGGUGGCUUGGAUCUCAGUAUUGUACUGAAGCCAAUCAGUUCAUAUAUCUCAGACAGAAAAGAAAUGUUGGAACAAUGCUUCAGAGUCAUCGGUGAAAGAAAGCUCCAGAAAAUGCUUCCGGAUAUUUUAAAGAAUUGUUCUGUGGAAGAAAUUAAGAAUCUGUGUCUGGAGCAGCUGAAACUGUUAUCUGAUAAGAGACUCCUUCAAAUUCUAGAGGGUGAUGAUCUUGGUUCGUCUGAUACAGAAGACGACGCAAGUGGAAAUGACAGGAAAAAGAAAAAACUUGAAACAGAAAGUCAAAUAAACGCUGGGCUGACAGGGGAUCAAGAUGGACAAGAGUGCUCAGCACAAAACUGCCUCAAAAUUCGCAGUAAUUUGCAGACUCAAUCCAACAAGCUACAUGAUGGCGGAAAGAAGGAAUGCUGUUGCAGUCACAACGCUCUCUUGAGACAGGAUAAUAAUAUAGAUUCCACCUCAUCCCAUAAAGCACACAAUAAAAUCGCGACACUGGAGCAGAAACAGGGUGGGGAGUCGGGAGAUGAAAGUGAUGCCCUCAGCAUUAAUGCUGAUGCAUACGAUAGUGACAUAGAACAAAACUGCAAUGAACCUGAUGUUGCUGUCAGCCUUGUAGUGCCAGNAAAAAGCACAACCAUUCGGGUUGGUGUUGAAGAUGAGCUUCAAAAGGACAUUGAGAAGAGCGUGAAUGAGAUUCUAGGUCUGUCAGGCCCAACUGUGGAGGAAUCUGAAUCAUCUGGUUCUCCUGAUCCAGAUGGAGCGGGCACUCAGCCUUCAGCACAACAACUGGAAUUGCUAGAACUGGAGAUGCGGGCCAGAGCAAUCAAGGCCUUAAUGAGAGCUGGUGACCCCAAAAAGCAAUCUGAAGGUUUGUCAAAGUACGAUAAGAAUGAGAAGAUGUGAGUUGUAAAGUACCUUACUGCAGACCAAAUACCAGACCUAUGUCCAUUUCAGCCUCGCCCCUCCCAUUUCACUUACAUUUGGAAACUACUUUGUGCUUCCAGGUAGUAACAAAUGUUUUUUUGUUUUUUGCUUGCCCAUAUCCAUUCUGUUUGCUAUCUUACAUUUCAAAACCAGGAAAAUGGGUACCACAAAUAUGCAUUCUGAGCUAAAGCACCCAGAACACCACUGGAUCUUCCAAUUAGUACUCUGGGUAGGCUGGCAGUAAAAUGUAAGAAAUCUGUCUUUUGAUUGAGAAUAUCAAAUCUAGUGUCCAGAAUUAAAAAGAUUUUGUGUUUAUAAUUUCAACCAUCAGGAAUCUAUGAGCCCAGCUCAUUGUUCAAAAUCCUGGGGAAUGUAAAAUGCACCACAGGGUUAGAGCUAUUGAGGAGUUUAUAGCCCAGCUUGUCAACUCUCAGUAUUCCACAGUGGUUUAUGUGACAGGGCAACAAAGGAACAGAGGUGUAAGAAUUUAAAAAGCAAAUCACACCAAUUAAUUUUAGUGAUGCCACAUUGUGAAGCUUUAUAAAAUUGUUUAUACACAUCUGAACCACAGAUGUAUCUAUGAUGCUGCCAGUAAAGGUGAUUUUUUUAAAUAAAUCUUUUACUAAAGA